AUGGCCGGGCGCGGGUGGAGCCUGCUGUGGGCGUGCGUGGCGGCGGCCACCCUGCUGCACGCGGGCGGGGUGGCCCAGGGCGACUGCUGGCUGAUCGAGGGGGACAAGGGGUUCGUGUGGCUGGCCAUCUGCAGCCAGAACCAGCCGCCCUACGAGGCCAUCCCGCAGCAGAUGAACGCCACCAUCGUGGACCUGCGUCUGAACGAGAACCGGAUCCGGAGCGUGCAGUACGCCUCGCUCAGCCGCUUCGGGAACCUCACGUACCUGAACCUGACCAAGAACGAGAUCGGGUACAUCGAGGACGGGGCCUUCUCCGGCCAGUUCAACCUGCAGGUGCUGCAGCUGGGCUACAACCGACUGCGCAACCUCACGGAGGGGAUGCUGCGGGGGCUGGGCAAGCUGGAGUACCUGUACCUGCAGGCCAACCUCAUCGAGGUGGUCAUGUCCAGCGCCUUCUGGGAGUGUCCCAACAUCGUCAACAUCGACCUGUCCAUGAACCGCAUCCAGCAGCUGGGCAGCGCCACCUUCGCGGGGCUGGCCAAGCUGUCCGUGUGCGAGCUGUACAGCAACCCGUUCUACUGCUCCUGCGAGCUCCUGGGCUUCCUGCGCUGGCUGGCCGCCUUCACCAACGCCACGCAGACGCACGACCGCGUCCAGUGCGAGUCCCCGCCCGUCUACGCCGGCUACUUCCUGCUGGGCCAGGGCCAGCACGGCACCCACAGCAUCCUCAGCAAGCUGCAGUCCGUCUGCACCGAGGACUCGUACACUGUCGAGGUGGCCGGGCCUCGCCUGGCGUCCGGCGGCCCUCAGCCCGGACGCUCCCAGCCGCCGCCCCGGCCGCCGCCCCCGCCGCCGCCCCCGCUCCUGCCGGAGGAGCCCAGCGACCCGCCGUGCUCUGAGGACGAAUGCUUCUCGGGGGACGGCACCACGCCGCUGGUCACCCUGCCCACGCUGGCCACCCAGGCGGAGGCCAGGCCGCUGAUGAAGGUCAAGCAGCUGACCCAGAACUCAGCCACCAUCACGGUCCAGCUGCCCAGCCCGUUCAACCGCAUGUACACGCUGGAGCACUUCAACAACAGCAAGUCGUCCACCGUGUCCAAGCUGACGCGGGCCCAGGAGGACAUCCGGCUGACCAACCUGUACACGCUGACCAACUACACCUACUGCGUGGUGUCCACCAGCUCGGGCACGCACCACAACCACACCUGUCUCACCAUCUGCCUGCCCAAGCCGCCCAGCCCGCCGGGCCCCGUGCCCAGCCCGUCCACGGCCACCCACUACAUCAUGACCACGCUGGGCUGUCUCUUCGGCAUGGUGCUCGUGCUGGGCGCCGUCUACUACGGCCUGAGGAAGCGCAGGAGACGGGACGAGGCGCACAAAAAGGCCGCCGCUGUGGCCGCGGGUGGCGGCCUCAAGAAAACCAUCGUCGAGCUCAAGUACGGACCCGAGAUGGAAGCUCCCGGCCUGGCCCCGCUGUCCCAGGGCCCGCUGCUGGGCCCCGAGGCUGUGGCCCGAAUCCCAUACCUGCCGGCCGCCGCCAGCGAGGUGGAUCAGUACAAGCUGGUGGACAGCGGCGAGACGCCCAAGGCCACCAAAGGUCACUACAUGGAGGUUCGUACCGGGGACCCCGCGGAACACAGGGACUGCGAGCUGGGCCGGCCUGGCCCUGACAGCCAGAGCUCGGUGGCCGAGAUCUCCACCAUCGCCAAGGAGGUGGACAAGGUCAACCAGAUCAUCAACAACUGCAUCGACGCCCUCAAGUCCGAGUCCACGCCCUUCCAGGGCGCCAAGUCCGGAGCCGCGUGCACGGCUGAGCCACAGCUGGUGCUGCUGUCGGAGCCGCUGGCCGCCAAGCAUGGCUUCCUGUCCCCCGGGUACAAGGAGGCCUUCGGCCGCGGCCUGCAGAGGCACCACAGCGCGGAGGCCGCCGUGCCCGGGCCUCCGAGGGCCACCGCCUUGUCCAGCGGCUCCACGCGCAGCCCUCGUGCCUUCCGGGCCGAGGCCGCCGCCAUCACGGCCACCGCCGUGCACAAAGCCACGGCCUCUGCCACAGAGGCCAAGUACAUCGAGAAGAGCUCCCCGGUGCCCGAGGCCAUCCUCACUGUGACACCCGCGGCCACCACACUGAGGGCCGAGGCCGAGAAAGGCCGCCCGUACGGCGAGCACCGCCACUCGUACCCUGGCUCCCACCCGGCCGAGCCCCCCGCACCACCGCUGCCUCCGCCCGUCCACGAGGCCCUGGGUGGCCGCAAGGCGUCCAUCCUGGAGCCGCUGACCCGGCCACGGCCACGGGACCUGGCCUACUCCCAGCUGUCCCCUCAGUAUCACAACCUGAGCUACUCGUCCAGCCCCGAGUACGCCUGCCGGGCCACCCCGAGCCUCUGGGAGCGGCUGAGACUGAACCGCCGGCGACACAAGGAUGACGAAGAGGUCAUGGCGGCCGGCCACGCCCUCCGCAAGAAAGUCCAGUUCGCCAAAGACGAGGACCUGCACGACAUCCUGGACUACUGGAAGGGGGUGUCUGCCCAGCACAAGUCCUGA